AGAGGCUGUAUAUAAGCUCGGCGCGGAGCACGUGACCUCCUCUUAGGGUACCUUGUUCCACGGCCGCCAUCAUGGACACCAGCCGCGUGCAGCCUAUCAAAUUAGCCCGGGUCACCAAGGUGCUGGGAAGGACCGGAUCGCAGGGACAGUGCACUCAGGUGCGCGUGGAAUUCAUGGACGACACGAGCCGCUCCAUCAUCCGCAACGUGAAAGGCCCGGUCCGCGAGGGGGACGUGCUGACCCUGCUGGAGUCUGAGCGAGAGGCCCGGCGGCUGCGCUGAGCCCGGUCCUGGAUGGAUCCGGCGCGACCCCUUGGCCACCCGCAGAUGACCCGUCACUGUUAAUAAACGGAUUUCUACUA